AUGGCGGAGGGGGUGCUGGAGGUGGGGGGUGUCCCCCCCGGCACGGAGGAGGAGUUGGUGGUCCUCUACUUCGAGAGCCGGCGGCGCUCGGGGGGGGGGCCCGUCCAGAGCUGCCAGCGCCUCGGCCCCCUCCUCUUCCUCACCUUCGAGAACCCCCAGGAUGCCCAGAACGUCCUGGCCCACAGCAGCCACCGGCUGGGGGGGGCCGAGCUGGUGGUGCGCCCUGCCACCCCCUGGGACCCCACCCGCCUGCUGCUGCGGGACCUCGACCCCCGGACCCCCCCUGAGCUGCUGGAGCUGCGCCUGGAGACCCUACUGGGACGCCCCCCCGACACCUUCAGCCUGCGCCGGGGCCCCGCGCCCGGCUGGGCGCUGCUGCACCUGCGGGACCCCAUCACCCCCCAAGAGUUUGCGGCUGCGGAGCAGCGGGCGCAGGGGCUGGAGGGGGCCGCGCUGGCCCUGCUGCGGCUGCCACGCCCCACCAGCGUGCUGGUGCGGGCAGAGGCGCCGGGGCUGAGCGAUGACUUGCUGGAGCUCUACUUCGAGAACCGGCGCAGCGGGGGUGGCAGCGUGCAGGCGGUGCGGCUGCUGCCGGGCGGCCGGGCGGCCAUCGUCACCUUCCAGGAGCCGGCAGUGGCGGAGCGGGUGCUGCAGAGACCCCACCGGCUGCAGGACACGAUGCUGGUCCUCACCCCCCAUUACCCCUUCCUGGAAUCGCUGGAGGGGGAUGCGGACCCCUUGCGGGACACGGCCACGGCCCCCCCACCAGACAUGGUCCCCUCACAGGACACAGCCCCCCUGCCAGACACAGACCCCCUAUGGGACACAGCCCUGGCCCCCACACCAGACACAGCCCCCCCACCAGACACGGGCCCCCCGGCUCCUGCCAGCCGAAACACAUGCCCGGAGGCGGCCGAGCCGCAGGUGUUGAGCCGUGUGCCAGGAGAGCUGUCGGCUGCCUUCCCUGGCGGGCAUGAGGACACGGAGGGUGACGAGGACGCGGUCGGCCAGGGGCAGCACCAGGAGCAGGUGUUGGCGGGGUCGGCGCAGGAUGAGGCGCUGGUGCCGGCAGAGCCAGGAGCGCUGCGUUACCUGCAGCGGCACUACCAGGACCUGCUGGCCAGCAUCCCCGAGGUCUCCCUGCUGCCGCUGGAGGGGGAGGAUGUCGCCGGCUUUCGGGUGAGCGGGGAAACGGGCCGGUGCCGGGCAGCGGCCGAUUUCCUGCAGAGCCUGCUGGGCACCGUGGGCUCGCAGCUGGUGACGCUGCGGUUCCCCGGUGUCGCCCGCUUCCUGCGGGACACGGGUGGGCAGAGCAUCCUCCAGCAGCUGGAGAGCCGCUUCCAGUGCAUUAUCGACCUGGACGGCGUCCACUGGAGCCCCCCGGACCCCCAGCCAGAGCUGGAGGAGCUGCUCCCCCCAAGCUGCUGCCAGGACCCCCUGCCCGAGGCACUGCACUCCCGGCACUGGGACCUGCCUGAUGAUGCCGACGGUGCCGAUGCAGAUGGCCUUCGCUCCAACAUAGAGGAGAUCAAGGAGCUGCUGGCGGCACUGCACCCCAGCGAGGCCGCCGGUGAUGAGGAGCCUGCGCCGCAGCCUGGCGACAUCCUUGGUGGGGAGCAGGACCCCGACGCCGAGUCCCCCGAGGCGGCCGACGGGGAGGGCACCAGGGAGAUGCCCUUGGGCAGGCUGGAGGAGGAGGAGGCGCAGAUGAUGCUGGCCAUCCAGCGCUCCAUGGACAGCACGCGGCGCGAGGAGGAGGAGCUGGCGCGUGCCACCGCGCUCUCCCUCCACUCCUACUGCCAGGAGCAGCGGGCAGCACCCGGCGCACGGGAGGAAGAGCAAGAUGCUGGCCUCCUGGCUGCGCUGGAGGCCUCCCUGGAGGAGGCUCUGCCGGCGGCGGAUGCGGUGCAGGUGACGCUGUUCUCGUCCUUCGAGCAGGACGUGGCCGCGGUGCCGCGGGAGCUGGAGCAGGCGCUGGAGGGGCGGCUGCGGGCAGAGGAGGUGGAGAGCGAGUGCCUGCGGGCGCUGCCGGCCGCCUGCCGCCGCUGCCUGACCUUCCUGCAGCGCAAGCACGCUGUGCGCCUCUGCCUGCGCGACGGCACUGCCACACUGAGCGGCUUCGCUGAGUACACUGCCGCCGCCGCCCAUGACCUCACCCUCCUGCUGCAGCGUUUGCCGCAGCCGGAGCGCGGUCCCCCUGCUGCCACCACCGCCUGCUGGGUGCGUUGGGACCCCUCCGGCACCGCUGUCCCCUACGCCCCUGAGGCUGCCGCGCUGCUGGAGCGGGCCUGGCUGCGCCGGGCGCGCCGGCUGGACCUGCUGCUGGACGGACGGCCCUUCACCGUCGACUUUGAGCGGAUGGAGGAGUACGACAUCAGCAACGCCUCUGCCGUGGCCGUCUCCCGCAGCCAGCCCCCGACGGAGAGCGCCCGCCGCCUGCUAAGGCUGGAGGCACUGGGGCUGGAGGAGGAGGUGAGGCUGAUGCCGCUGGCCGAGGACUCGGAGGAGUUCCACGACACCGUGUGCCAUUUCUACGAGACGCUGGAGGAGCUGCACAACAAGAUCAGCGUCGUCAAGGUGGAGAAGCUGAUCCACCCGCUGCUGUACAAGCAGUACCAGCUGAAGAAGGCCAGCAUGGAGAAGGCCUGCGCCAGCGGCACGGUGGAGCGGAUCCUCUUCCACGGCACCACCGAGACCUCCAGCCGCGAGAUCUGCUUGCACGGCUUCAACCGCAGCUUCUGCGGCAAGAACGCUGCUCUCUACGGGCUUGGCGUGUACUUCGCGGUGGACGCGGCAGUCUCGGUGCAGGAGCAGUACUCACCGCGCAGCGCCGACGGCAGCAAGUACGUCUUCGUGGCCAAGGUGCUGACUGGGGACUAUGCAGUGGGAGGGCAGGGGCUGCGGGCCCCCCCGCUGCGGGAGGGGGCCGGGGCCCCCCUGCGCUACGACAGCGUGGUGGACAACCCCCUGCAGCCCGCCAUCUUCGUCAUCUUCAACGACACCCAGGCUUACCCCCAGUACCUCAUCACUUGCCGCCGCCACGGGGCCCCUCCCUGAGCCCCCUGGCAUCCACCAUCCUGGUGUACUGGCUCUGCCAACGGGGGCUCGGGGCUGGGGGUGUCCCUGCCCUGCUCCAGGGCAUUGAAGUUUGGGGGGGUCCUCACCCGGAUAGGGCCCCCCGUCGGCCCCCCUUUCCAGCCCCUGGGAAGGGGGGUG